AUGGACAAGUUACCCCCUGAAGUUCUGCAGAUGAUCAUUGCAAACGUGUCUUACAGACCGGAGCCCCACGAUGAUGAUUUUGCAUUUCAAUACUUCUUGGGAAGCCUUCGCCUGGUGAACAGAGCUUUCGCAGAUGCGACUAUACCAUCCUUGUUUUCUACCAUCCCUCUUUGGAUUGGAUCGAAAAGCUUGCAGAACCUGACGGCCAUAUCAGAACACCCUGUCAUCUCAAAAUACGUCAAAGUGAUCCAUUUCUCCAAUUUGCAACCCGAAAUUUUCAAUUUGCAAAUCAGUAAGGACCACACGCUUCCCAUUGAGACGCGAAUCAAGGCUGAAGCCCUAAACAACGAUAUUGACCUUGCGCCGACCGAUUUGGACUUUCAGCAAUAUUUCGCCUCUAGAGCUCGCUGGGUCGAAAACGAGACACGUCUUUCAAGAAGCGAUGAAGCAAAAAAGGUUCUCAUCAAGGCAUUCGGACGCCUAAACAAUCUACGAGACUUCAGUAUCGUUCUACAGAGUCCUUGGAUCGGGGCAAAAGAAGUGAACCAGGCCUUUAAAGAGAUUGAGAUUUCUGACAUCACCUUCAGUGCCUCAAGGCCUCUUGAGAUUGCCCUAGAAGCCUUAGACCAACCAUGGACACAACUUACAAGUUUUCAAAUCAUGAAACCGAAGAUUAUGUGUGAAGACAAUAGGCGAAACAUAAACUGUCCAGGAAACAGAUACUUCUUGAUGGAGGACUUCUCUGGUCCUACUCCCGCAACGAUUGCUAAUGGUCUCAAUAUCUUCAAGCCCUCAUUGCGGAAUUGGUCGGCACUUCAAUCCCUGUCAGUACAUUUAGUGGACGACAGUAACCCCUUCUCAGAUUACGAAAUCGAUCUUGAGAGUGUCGACACUAAUGCGCGAGAAUUGAAAGGGCUGCUCAGAUCUGCGCCGAAUCUUCGGGUCUUACAUCUAAUACUUGAUGCAAUUAUCCCCCGGACGAAGCCAGUCUAUCAGUACAUAGCUCCUGGUUCCAUACCUGAGCUUCGCCACCUGCUGUUAGAGGGGAUAGACUUCCAUUGUGAGAAUGAGAUGUUGGAUUUCUUCGAAUCUCGCUACAAGCAGUUGGGAAGCGUUCGUUUUAAUUAUGUUCAAUGCCUGGACGGAAGUGGCACCGGCACGGUCCCUAUGCGGCCUAUUGUAGAACACAUGAUGCAGUGGGAUUGGGAGACCCUGCAAUCCUUUGUGCUUGGGGUUGAAUCGGACAUCACAUCACUUCUAAAGGGAGGAACAGACGAGGAUGUCGCACUGAAGCCAGAAUAUUUCUGGGACUGGUAA